AAACAUGCCAUUUUACCUACCGUUACCGACUCCAUCUCUAACCAAGACGACGCCGUUUGGCGUUACUUAGCUAAAACAUCCGUGUUCCGACUCUCUUUCCCUUCUCUCUCUUUCAGUUUAAAAAGCACAGAGACUCGAAAACAGCUCUAUCUGUUACCACCGACCAAACACACGCAAGAUCACCACCGUCAACUCCGGCAAUGUUGCUGGAGACUCCGGAAGCUCCGCCACCUGACUCGUAAACUCGACCCGAAAUCACUAAAAAACCCGGCCCAUCCACCACAGCACAGCACAAUGCCUCCCGCGCAAAACCUCAAGCACCGGGUCUUCACGUGCCUGACGAAGCUCUCCGACCGUGACACUCACUCUCUCGCUGCUUCGGAGCUCGAGUCCAUCGCCCGGACCCUCGAACCGAGCUCCGUACCCGUUUUCCUUUCCUGCAUCCAAUCCACCGACGCCUCCGACAAGUCUCCGGUUCGCAAGCAAUGCGUCCACCUCAUCACCGUCCUCUCCGAAUCCCACGGCGAUUCGCUGUCGCCGCAUCUCUCCAAAAUGCUCAGCAACAUCACGAAGCGGCUCCGCGACCCGGACUCCGCCGUACGAUCCGCCUGCCAAAAUGCCGUCGCUUCGCUCUCCUGCCACGUCACCAAGCCUCCGUUCAGCUCGUUUUUGAAGCCCUUAACCGACGCGCUGUUCACGGAGCAGGACCCGAACUCGCAGAUCGGGUCGGCGCUCUGCCUGGCCUCGGGCAUUGAUGCCGCGCCCGACCCGGAGCCGGCGAAGCUGGCAAGGCUGUUGCCGAGACUUGAGAGGCUGAUGAAGUACGACGGGUUUAAGGCGAAACCGGCGGUGCUGACGCUAAUCGGGUCGGUGAUCGGGUCGGGCGGGGCGUCGGGUCAGGGAGUUUUGAAGAGUUUGGUUCCUUGCCUUGUGGGGUUCUUGAGCAGCGAGGACUGGGCAGCGAGGAAGGCCGCGGCGGAAGCGCUGGCCAAGUUGGCGGUUGUGGAGAGAGACACGCUGUCUGAGUUCAAAGCUGGGUCUUUGAGAACGUUCGAGAAUCGGAAAUUCGAUAAGGUGAAAGGUGUUAGGGAGGUUAUGAAUCAGAUGGUGGAGGCCUGGAAGCAGAUUCCUGAUCUCUCUGAUGAGGCUUCGCCGCCGCCUCAUUCGAAUGCUUCUUCCAAAGGUAUUACUAGAUUUGAUUGCUUAUACAAAUUGAUAACUAAUUGAUCUUAGUUCUAAUGG